UCAACGCGGUUCCGCAGAUGUGGCUACCACAGCGCCAACACUAACUGGCGCACAUAAGUACUCGUCUACAGAUAUGUACGUAUGUAUGUAUGUAUGGCUGCGAGCGUCUCCAAAACCAAGAACUUACCUGUGCGCACUUUGACUAUCUGUCUUGUUGGCUGACAAAGCGACCGUCUGUCGGACCUAGUGUCUCACGGUUCACACCAGAGCCACCACCACCACCACAACCACCGUCUACGUGUAGCGCUUGUACUGCCGCAGAGCAGAGGAGCUCAAACUCAGGUAAUAAAUAAGCAAGCGCAGCCGGUUUUUUGGUGAGCGUGAGAAAAAACGUAAAGGAGCUGGCUUGGCGGUUCGUGUGCGAGUCGUGUGUGCACGUCGCUGUCUGGCUUGCUGACUUCGUGCGCCAAGAAAGUCGUCGUAUUCGUCGCCAUCCUCGUGUGUUGGCAGCAUAUUCGUAAGCACCGUACUGCUCGUCCGCCAACGAGCGCAAGGAUCAUGCUGAGUGCGCGCUGUCCUGACGAUCAGUAUCCUGUUGUAGUUGAACGCGCGUGGUCGUGUGUUGUGCGCGCCGCAUAAAAAAAAAACUGCUAAAGCAUGCAAGUUAUGAUUACUUCGAAAUGAAAUAAAGUAUAAAAUUACCAAAUUAUUUAGUACACUGAAGAGGUGUUGCAUUAGUAUGUGGAUGCACAACUGAUUGAAAAAUACAAGGCAAUGCAAAUUUUGUGCAAUAAAAAACUGAAACAAAUAGCGCGGCGCUUAGGUCGCUUGUGUAGACGGAAGACCAAAGUUUCUAAUUUAAGUGUUGUGUUUGAAAAAAUAUUGUUAUUGUUUUCCACACGGCGUAUAUGUGUAUGAGUGAAUGUGCUAAGAGGUUUUAUUAAAAAUAAAAUAAAAUUUAUUGCUGCUGAAACGUAUUUGGACAACGGAACCGUUAAAUUAAUUUGAAACUUGUAAUAUUAAUGCUUCAAUAAUGGAUUACAAAAACGAUUUUCACUCGGAUGAUGAUUUCGAUUGUUCCAACGGCUAUAACGACUGCUAUAACGGUACAAAUGGCAGCGGACAGGCACAAAUGUCAAAUUCGCAUGGCCUCUCGAAGGCCGAACUGAGAAAGACUAAUAAACCAAUUAUGGAGAAGCGACGGCGUGCGCGUAUAAAUCACUGCCUCAACGAGCUCAAAUCACUCAUAUUGGAAGCAAUGAAGAAGGACCCCGCUCGCCAUACCAAACUGGAGAAGGCGGACAUACUGGAAAUGACCGUCAAGCAUUUGCAAUCAGUGCAGCGUCAACAACUCAACAUGGCCAUCCAAACAGAUCCCACCGUGGUUCACAAGUUCAAGACUGGCUUCAUUGAGUGCGCCGAGGAGGUCAAUCGCUACAUCAACCAGCUGGAUGGUGUUGAUGCAGUGGUGCGACAGCGACUCAUCAACCAUUUGAACAGUUGCGCCAGCAACCUCGAGCAAUUGGGUUCUAUGACAAACUUCAAUAAUGGCUACCGCGGCCAGUUAGCCAUGGGCAUGUCGGCGCCAGGCGGUUUGUUCGGCGCUGCGUUGCCUGCCAAUCCGCUUUCGAUGGCCAGCGCCACUGCACCCAGUGCGCUUUUUCCGCCGUUGCCACAGGAUUUGAACAACAAUAGCAACAAUGGUGGCGCCUUUGUCAAUAGUCUCAAUGCCGCAGCGGCGCCCUUGCCGCCAGUGCAAAUGGGCGGCGUACAAUUGAUACCGUCGCGCUUGCCAUCCGGCGAAUUCGCGCUAAUUAUGCCUAGCACGCAUGCAAAUUUGCUGAAUACCAGUAACCACAACAACAGCAACCCACCAUUUUCCAGCUUCCCGCAUGGCAGAAAUCCGGCUGCAGUAAUAUCGCCCGUCGCUACCGCAACAGCGACCACAGCUACGGCGCCUGUGCUGAGCCUGCCUCCCGCAUCUGUGCCCAUCAAUGACUUUGCCGCCAAUUACAAGCGAUUGAGCGCUUUCGGCCGUCUACCCACAGCGCCGACGCAGUUGCCAUUGAAUCAGGCGGUACAUAGUGGUGCUCCCAACAGCAGCAACUGCCACCCGAGUAGCAACGGCGCGUUGGUAACUGCAGCCGCUCCGCAAAGCCAACAGCAACAACUGCCGGCACGUACUGCGCCUGCUCACCAUCAGCUGCAUCACAACAGCUCCAUGGCCACAAAUAGUCCGCCGCUGAGUCCCAUCUCGUCCGCCUCCCCUUCCAGCCAAGGCGAUGAUUCGCUGAUGCACACCAGUUCCGACUUCACCGGUUCACGUCCGGCCACACCACCGCUUGAUGUCACCGGCGACUUUGACCAGCAGCAGCACAACUUCUCCGGUGUAUUUUCCACGCCAUCCAGUGCCGAGUCGUCGCUCACCACCAGCUCAACGUCUACGCUUGCUUCAUCGGCCCGCCUGUCAUUGCACCUGCAGCAGCAGCAAGUGUCUUCGACCAGCGGCAAUGCCAGUAGCAGUUGCAAUACCAGCACCAACAGCGGCAACAACAACACCAACAACGAUUGCAGCGAUAGUGGCAUCGAAUUGAAUGUCUCUCUGAAGCGACCGCUUGACGACGAAGCGGACUCUAGCGAUGCGAGCGAGGCGCCAGCAAGCAAGAAAAUCGCUUUGGAGUCGAAAAAUCGAGAGGAUGAAGCGUCGAAGUUGGGACAAGUUGAGGAGCAGCAACAAUUUUUAGUCAAACAGAAACACCGGUUGCAGGAGCUGAAGGAAGAUAGCGACAAUAUGUGGCGACCCUGGUAAUACUCCGGGCUGGUCGACUUUGCCGCGCGCAAAGUGCGAUUUAGAGAUGAAGAGAGGGUGCUGUAAAAAUUAAGGUGCAUGGCAUUGGAUUAUCGGUGAACAAUGAUGGCGACUAUUUGUAGCGAAUAGUUGGUUCGUCCAUUGAUGCUGAUGCUUUUUAUUUAUUUGAGUGUAACAAUGCCAUGUUCUCUGUUCGCUAUAAAAAGCUUUGAAUACUCCUGUGCUUUAUGUUGAAUAAUAAUAUUCGUAGAAGUGGAACAUUUCAUACUCGCAUUUUAGUUUAAAAGAGCAUUUUCUAUAUUUUGUAAAAAUACGUAGCUUUUAAGUGUAAAAUCGCGCUUUAUUAAGAAAUACACAUGUUACUCUUUUUAUUUACAUAAAUAGUUAUUUAGGUUUUGUAAGCAUUUGAUUUGGAGGCGUUAAAAAUUUUUUAAAACAUUUGUUCUUAUUAAAUUUUUCAACUAAUUUUCAUUAUUAUUAUUAUUAUUUUUUUACCUUUGAAAAUGUUGCAAAUAGAUGCAUAAUUACUAGUACUUGUAGUGGAUUUUUGAAAAUUAAGAAUUCAAUGCACUUGGAAAAAUGUUUAGUUUACGAAACCAAAUGCAACAUAUUUUUUAUUAUAGCACUAAAAAAAAUUCUCGCUGUUUGUAUAACUAAUUAAGUCAUGUGUUUGUAAAAAUAUUUACUAAUAACCUAAAAAUAUGCAAAGAGAAAUUAGUCUAGUUCUAUAGUAGCUCAAUCAGCGUGAGCUGCAGCAAAGUCAUACAAAUACUUAAGUAGACUUUUAGGAUAUUAUCGUGAUCAUAUUUUAAGUCGCUAUUUUAGUUCUAUAACAAAAAUGCUGGUGUACGAAAGAACUCUUUCUGUUUCAAAUUAUUUUAAUGUGAAGGUCCGAUAGUUGCUAGCAAACUACUGAGGAAAUUGUGAAAUAAAUAAAUUUUAAUAAAGGAAGUUGAAUAUUGUGUAAAAAGAAGUUAAUAAUAAAAGCACGAAUGAUGUUUUUUUUCCAAAGAAAUCUUUAUUAAAUUUGAUAGAUAUUUUUUGCAACCCACUAAAGCAUUUAACAAAGAUUCAAU